UGUUACCGGUUGUAUACGCUACUAGAAGCACGUUAGCUAAACUAGCUGCUGAAGCACCAACUUUAUCCGCAAGCUAAUGGAAAAAGAGCUGUCAGAUCCUCCCGCGGGCGCUGCGGCGGCUGCGGAGGAAGGCGUCUCGAAGGAGGAGUGGUGUUCCACGGCAGGCUUGGGGGCCACCGGAGGCUGCGGCUCACGAGUGGACUCUCAGUUAACAGACGCCGUGUAUCUAAAAACGGAAGGAAACGCGUUUUAUCGGGACAAGAACGUGCGUUCCGCCAUCGGACGUUAUCACCGCGCGUUACUCGUUCUUCGCAGCUUGGACUCGGAAGUGACGUCAAGCCUUAAAGUGCUAGGGUCCCAGUCACCCAGCCUCACACCAGGGCAAGAGGAUCUUCUCAGGAGCACACAAAUCGACUGCUAUAACAACCUAGCAGCAUGUUUACUGCAGCGGGAAGUUGUCGACUACUCCCGUGUGCAGGAGUACAGUUUAAAGGUGCUGCGUUGGCGGCCUGGAGACGUGAAAGCCCUGUACAGAGCUGGACUGGCCACAUUAGAGUUGGGUGAUGCACAAACUGCCCGUCAGUACCUCCUCCAGGCUAGCAGGGGGAAACCAAAUGAUGCUACUAUAAAGAAACAGCUCCAACGAGUGGAUGAGAGGCUGAGCAAAGACUACCAGAAGGAGAAAGCUCUCUACCAAGGCAUGUUCAGUAAACAGAAACAAGAUGUGGGAGAGGAAGCUAUGGAGGAGCCCCCAGAACAGGUGUGAGAAGCUCUGAAGAUCUGAACCAGCUGAAAGGAAAAGAGCUGUGAAGGGUGAAGCUAAAUGUUUGCCAAAAUAAUUUUGGGACGAUGAUGCCAGGUCAUGGAAAGGAAGCGCCAGCAAGGAGUUCAGUGGGAUCACAGCUCUCGUGCCAGAAGUAUAUGAGGGCACAGACUGUUCUGACAGUUUGAGAGUAAAUGUUGAUGCACUGGCUACAGGCCUUUUUCAGUCCUCUGACUGUGGCUGCAUUUAAGACCAGUCAGAAUUCUGUUCAGGAUUCCUUUCCUUCUGUGUUUGCCUGUGAUCCAGGCUCCAGAUGAGAGCAUGUCUUUUUUUUUAUAACACUGUUCAGUUUAAUAAUAAAACAUUUUUGAAACCA